UUCCCACCGCUAAGAGGAGCAAUAGGCCAUAAAAUACAACCGGAAGUGCCAAUCAGCGCUGGGCGGAAAAAGGGCUCUGGCUUCUGCUUGCUAGGCGUCACUUCCGGGAACCCAAACUUCACUUUGUUGUGGCAGAAGUAGACCGACUAUGACGGAGUCUUUAGUGGCGACUGGACGUGGACAAUUUUUCCAGAGCUUCAUGGAUGGUCUGACAAUUAAACCAGGACGGACUGGUGGUACCAGGCGGCCGGAUCAGUGUCGCCAAGCAGAGGCAGAACUCUGCAGGAGUUCUCCAGGUGGCGGAGCUUUGCACAGACACCAGGAAAGAACAUGUGUCAAGCCAUUGCCUGAGGGGAUUGUUCUGGAAAGACUACCAUCAGAGAUCCUAAUAAAGAUCCUGUCCAACCUGGACGCUGCCUCGCUGCUGAGCCUCAGUUAUGUCAACAAGAUCUUCCACCAACUCGCCAACGACGAUGUGGUGUGGUACAAGAUCUACACGGCUGCCUUCUCUGUUAAAACAUGGAGGCUCAAGUCCACGGGGGACGCCACAAGGAAGGCGGAGCCUAAGGAGCACUCAUCAGGCGGCUGGAAGAAGAAGUACCUGUGGAAUAUGGGCGGACAGGAGCUGAGCACCUGGAGGAAAGAACUGACGGAUGUCAGCCCAUUCACUGGACUGCCUCAGCAGGCCGAGCGCAUUCUCAGGAACCAUAUUUGGGAGCUAAGGGUGUGUGAUCCCUUAGGCCGAGUGGUCACUCUGGACUUGAGCAGGGUCUCCUUCUUCAGUACGUCUGCAACAAUGUGCUGGAGUGGAAACCGACUCAUUCAGUAUCCUCACAUCAGCAGCGUCCAGCUCUUCGGGGUCCGGAAGGAAGCGCUAAAGGGGCCCAGACCACAAUGGUGCUCACUUAUUUGCAAGUGGGACGCUAGGAUUUGUCUUGCUCGCUUCCUUGGUAGAGACCGUCUGGUCCAAGUCAUGCUUCUCUCGCCUGGAUUCAUUCUGGGCGUCUGGAGGGGUUCAAAGACGGUGGCCUUCGUUAUGAUCAGCUUACACUUGCACCGGCUGGUGGAGAGGAGCCUGCUGGGAUCUCCAAUCUGUUCGUACUGGGAGCCUGUGGAAAAGUGGCGUGGUGAUUUGACGGUGCGUACAUAUGCGCUGCACUUUGUCCUGCACAACACCGUCUGUGAGAUCAUGUCGGUAUACUUCCAUCCUCUUAUCAGCAGACCAGACUGUCUAGUUCGAGGCUGCCUGGUGGAGUUGCAGGCCACAAACGGGUCCAACAUGUCUCGGCAUCGCCUGCUGCCUGGACACAUCAAGCUUCCGUGGAAGAGCAAGGCUCUUGAGGGUUCUGUGGAGAUGUGCUGCGUCAUGGUGAUGACUCUGCUGGAGGAGGCCCACAAGCCCCUGUGGUGCGUCAGCAGGCCCGUCAGCGUCAAGAUGGUAAGGAAGCCGCCCUGUUCAGAAUACAACGGUGACCACUUCCUGUUGGCCUACAAGGACGCGCAGGGCGAGGUGAGGAUGACUCUAGUCCGGCUGAAGGAGCAGGGGCAGUUCUUCGUAGUCAGCCUUGUCCUCAGCCUCUUCAAAGAAGACAGGCACUUGAGCACCAGGUACUGACCACACUGGCCUGUGGGCGUGGCCUGGGUUCUUUUUUCAGUUUUUGCUGAGGUUCUGACUCGCACCAUUUAGACAAGGAGAUAGUUGCUGCUUUGUGUUCUAAUAAAUCAGCGGUUCUGAUGCUGGGCUGAA